GACAAUACCAGUUUGAAGUGACAACGAUUAUUUCAGAGGUUGAUGCUUCUUAAUCCGUUGUUUACAUUCCACUUGCAAUGUGUUUAGUGGCACAAGUAUGUAAAGAAGUGAAGAAAGACUGUGUUGCAAAUUAGAGAUUGGAGGCACUUGUGACUUAUUAUUGACAGGAGUGGUUGAUUUAUUCAGAAGUUGGCAAUGUGCUCUGAGUAUAUAUGACUUCUGUGAUUUUAGAGUGGAAGUUUUGAUUCAAGUGUAAUGGAUUUCUCUGAGGGUUAUGUAUCAAAUGAGCAUCGUGAGCUUCAUCGAUCUGCAGCAGAAAGUGCGGAUCCUUUGUCUGUUUCUCCAUUGCAACUUGCUCCAAAAUCUUCAAGGUCCCCUGACUCUGCUAGGUCUCCAAAAUCUCCGAGGUCCCCAAAGGUUCAAGGCAAGUGCAGCACUCUAAGUCCAAGAACUCAUAAACAAUCACAUUCUCAAAAAGAUGGACGUCCAAAGAAAGGUGGUUCUGGGGGAAAAGGUACCUGGGGUGGAUUGCUUGAUACAGAUGACUCAAGCGUUAUUGAUCCUAAUGAUCCAAACUAUGACAGCACUGAGGAAUAUGACCAUUCAAAUGAAAAGAAGCCGAACACAGAGCUUGAUAGCUACAAGAAAAAGGCUACAGUAAUAGUGGAGGAAUAUUUUGCCACUGAUGAUGUUGUUGCAACAAUGAAUGAAGUUAAAGAAUUGGGGAAACCAGAGUAUGGCUACUAUUUUGUCAAGAAACUUGUCUCUAUGUCCAUGGACAGGCAUGACAAAGAAAAAGAAAUGGCUGCUAUUCUGCUCUCUGCACUUUAUGCUGACGUAUUUGAUCCUUCACAAGUUUACAAGGGCUUCAGCAAAUUAGUUGAAUCAACAGAUGACUUGAUUGUAGAUAUACCAGACGCAGUUGAAGUUCUAGCACUUUUCAUAGCUAGGGCCGUGGUUGAUGACAUACUUCCUCCUGCAUUUUUGAAGAAACAGAUGGCCUACUUAGCGAAAGAUUCAAAAGGGGUUGAUGUGUUGAAAAAAACUGAGAAAAGCUAUCUAGCAGCACCUCUUCAUGCAGAAAUCAUAGAGAGAUGCUGGAGAGGUAGUAAGAACACCACAGUGGAUGAUGUUAAAGCUAAGAUAAACAACUUUUUGAAGGAGUAUGUUGUAAGUGGUGACAAGAAAGAAGCCUUCAGAUGCAUCAAAGAUCUGAAAGUUCCUUUCUUCCAUCACGAAAUAGUGAAACGGGCCCUUAUAAUGGCAAUGGAGAGACGUCAAGCAGAAUCCCCACUAUUAGAUCUCUUGAAGGAAGCAGCUGAAGAAGGUUUCAUCAACACAAGCCAAAUGUCCAAAGGCUUCAGUCGGUUAAUUGACACAGUUGAUGACUUAUCACUUGACAUACCAAACGCACGAGGAAUACUGCAGAAGCUUAUUUCCAAAGCAGCAUCAGAGGGUUGGUUAUGUGUGUCAUCUUUGAAAUCACUCUCAGUAGAGCCAGAAAGGAACGCAAUACAAGAUAGUGCUGCCAAAAGUUUCAAGGUAAAGACUCAGUCCAUCAUUCAAGAGUACUUCUUAUCAGGUGAUAUAUUGGAGGUAAAUAGCUGUCUUGAGCAAGAAAACAGCAAGAACUGUGCUGCACUCAAUGCAAUCUUCGUUAAAAAACUGAUAACUCUGGCAAUGGAUAGGAAAAAUAGAGAGAAGGAAAUGGCUUCUGUGUUGCUGUCAUCUCUGUGUUUCCCAGCUGAUGAUGUUGUGAGUGGUUUUGUGAUGUUGAUAGAGUCAGCAGAUGACACUGCUCUGGACAACCCUGUUGUUGUUGAGGAUCUUGCUAUGUUUCUAGCCAGAGCAGUGGUGGAUGAAGUGCUAGCUCCACAACACCUUGAAGAGAUUGGAGCACAAUGUUUGGGGCCAGGUUCAAUUGGGAGCAGAGUUCUUCAAAUGACAAAGUCAUUGCUAAAGGCUAGACUUGCAGGGGAGAGAAUCUUGAGGUGUUGGGGUGGUGGGGGAAGUAGCAGGCCUGGAUGGGCUUUUGAGGAUGUCAAAGACAUGAUUGGGAAGCUGUUGGAAGAGUAUGAGUCUGGAGGGGAAAUAAAGGAGGCAUGUCGCUGCAUGAAAGAGCUAGGAAUGCCAUUCUUCCACCAUGAGGUUGUUAAGAAAGCUUUGGUGACAACCAUUGAAAAGAAGAAUGAGAGGUUGUGGGGUUUGCUCAAGGAGUGUUUUGAAUCAGGACUCAUAACCAUGAAUCAAAUGGCCAAGGGUUUUGGAAGGGUUGCAGAAUCUCUUGAUGAUUUGGCCUUAGAUGUUCCUGAUGCUAAAAACCAGUUUGCAUACUAUGUUGAAAGAGCAAAGACUAAUGGAUGGUUGGACAAUUCAUUUUGUUUCACCAAACAGGAACAUGCAACAGAGAAUGGCACUCACUAAUCAUCAUCAGUAUUAGUUUUUCUUUAUCACUUUCUUUAAAUCUGCACUUGAAUCAGAUGUAUACACAUGCAGAUAUCAGAUGCACACUGUGCAUGCACAACUAGAAUUUGAAAAUUUCUCCACACAUGCUGUUUCUGUUUGUUUUCUUCUCACAGGAGCUGAAGUUUCACCCCACUACAGUUUUCAGUUCUAAAUAAAUUAGGCACACAUAUAAAUCCAAACUGGUA